CUCUUGAUUAUUGUACGUUGUUUCAACAAAUCAAAUAAAAGUUCGUUUCUUCCUGCAUAAAUAGCACAAGUUUUUCUUUAUGAGUUGAAAUAUCAUUUCAAUAAUAUCAGUAUUAUUUCCACAAGAUGAUUCACCUCGAGUUAAUAUGGAUCUGUUGGAUCUCUUCUACAGUAAUGCCUGACACUAUCCCAUCAUCACCUCCGAGUCUAAAUCCAUAUUGGGGCAUGCAAAUAAAUUCCUACACUGACAAUUUUGUCAAGCAUGUCUAUGAGGGCGCUUUAAUAAAAUUUCGGUGUAGCGUAUACCCCUUGGGAGAACCUCCAAUCACGUGGACAUGGUAUUGUGGGGAAGAACAGAUGACCAAUGUAACAUUUUCAAGCUCAAAUACUUGCAUGAAUUUUACGGCGACUAGGAAUCAUGACGGGAAAUCUUGCUAUUGUAGAGCGAAAUCACGCUCAACUGUUUUAUUUUACGACUACCCAUCAAGUUCUCGUUAUGUGGUUCUUGUUUAUUAUUCACCUCGGACACGACCAAGGAUCUAUCCUGUGUCUCCUACAACUGUAGGGAGCGGUGAGUACAUUACCAUGAAGUGUAAUCUCACAACACUUGGAUAUCCACAAAUAUCAUGGAGAUGGAUAUGUGACGAUCUGCCUCCCCUGAAUGGAGUAGACCUAGGAACAGAGACUUACUUAGAAAUCAAAGUUAAUGCACGACAUAAUGGGAUGGCUUGCAGAUGUAGAGGAAUAUCUUCCUCUAUCUAUGUAUACGAUGAACUUUCAGAUCCAGUCACAAUCUUUCUUUACUUCCAGACAGCAUCACAAGAAAUAACCUCAGAAGCUGGACUUGCUAAAGAAUGUAUACCAGCUACGGCUUUUGGAACAACGACUGGGUUACUGUCAGCUAUUGUCAUUGCUUUAAGCUCUGUCCUCCUGAUACAGUAUAUUAGAAAAAAGAAAGGAAACGUUUGUUCUUGUGGACAUUCUGAAAAAAACGAAGAGGAAAAAGCAAGCAGUAACAACAAAAGUCACCAGAACCCUAUUUAUACUAAUGAGGAGUCCUACGAAAUACUUCAAGUUAACAAAGACAGUUUACAUAUAUAAAUCAAUAGUUUAACAAAUUGCUAAGCGGAACUUAAAAAGAUUGAAAUUGGAUUUAUGGUACUGAACAACAAGUCUACUAGUCUUGUUAUACCAAUACAUCCUAAAAGACAAUGAUUUAAUCAUGUUUGUGUAUUCUGCUUUAUCUUCCAUAUCAUUUUCAUUACUCUCGAAUGUUAUCAGGUUUAUAUAGUUCAAAGUUGAUAAAAACGGGUGUUGUAGAAAUUCUUGAUUAUUCCGUAUAAAAAGAAAAUCAUAACCUUCGAGGCAUAAUGACAAUUCAUAAAACGGGAAUGUAAUUAUCAACAAAAAACAAUAAUUUUUUUUACGGUAAUGUCUAUCAUUUUAUCGAUUACAACAAAAUCUUGGCGACCUCUUGGACUUUAAGAAUG